AUGAAGAUGAAAAAAUGGAGUUUCCCCGCUGGUCAUUACUAGCUGGACAACAGAUCAGGUGGGUCUUCUCCGUUUCCUCCUGUCGGUUACAUAGUGGGCAUGUGGGUUGAGUGCAUACUCCCAAUCUGUGAAAUUGUUUUGCCAGACAAUCGUGGCCCGGUACAUAGUCUUAACUCAGCAAAGGCUUCGAUUCUUGGCCAAUCGGCUACGUCGGAGAGUGCCACUGUCUACUGUUUCUCCUUUGUUCGAGCUUUAAGCCUUCAUAAUUGGCAUAGUGCUACCCUAAUGGCCUCUAUUUCUCCUUCAACAGCGGAUCUAUUGUGUCUCGCUGCUGGAGGUGCUGAAGAAUUUAUCCAUGGGAAUGCGCAAUUGCUUCUCAAACAGGAUCAAGGCCUUUUCUUUGAUAAGGGAACAUAUCGUAGUGCUUCCUGUAACUAG